AUGGAAGAGUAUGAGGCAUGUAUAUAUGGUAUGGAGGCGACCAUUGACUUAAGGAUCAAGAUUCUUGAGGUGUAUGGAGAUUUAACUCUGGUAAUCAGUCGGGUAAAAGAUGAUUGGGAAACUCAGGAUAGAAAAUUGAUUCCUUAUAAAGAGCAUAUCAGAAAACUGAUACCCUACUUUGAUGAAAUCUCUUUUCAUCAUAUUCCUAGGGAAGAGAAUAAAUUAGCAGACACUCUAGCUACGUUGGCAUCUAUGUUUAAAGUCAAAUGGAAGAAUGAAGCACCAACUAUCCAUAUUGAUCACUUAGAUGAACUAGCACAUUGUCUAGCAAUCGAGGCAGAUCUUGACGAUAAGCCUUGGUUCUAUGACAUAAAGACAUUUUUGGAGAAACAGAGAUAUCCUGUGGGUAUAUCUAUUACUGAUAAGAAGGCCUUGAUAAGACUCUCUUCCAAGUUUUUAUUGAACAGUGAUGUGUUAUACAAGAGGAAUUAUGAUUACGUGAUUCUCAGAUGCAUGGAUAGACACGAAGCUAGCACGAUCAUAAAAUCUAUACAUGAAGGUUGUGAGGGUGUACAUGCAAAAGGUCCUGCUAUGGCCAAGAGGAUCCCCCAGGUUGGGUAUUAUUGGACAACAAUGGAGGGUAUUUAUAUGAUUGGGAUGAUAAAGCCUAAAGCUUCCAAUGGUGAUCGAUUUCUCCUAGUUACGAUUGAUUAUUUCACGAAAUGGGUCGAAGCUGCUUCAUAUGCCAAUGUCACUAGACAAGUGGUUACUCAAUUUAUCAAGAAAGAGAUAAUCUAUCGCUACGAGAUUCCUAGCAAGAUCAUCACUGACAAUUCCAGUAAUCUCAACAAUAAUACGAUGAAGGAGUUUUGCGAAGAAUUUAAGAUCGAGCACCACAACUAUUCACCCUAUCGUUAUAGGACCUCGAUUCGUACAUCCACUAGAGCAACUCCGUACUCAUUAGUAUAUGGGUUGGAGGUUGUUCUACCAAUUGAAAUUGAGAUUCCUUCACUCAGGGUUAUCAUGGAGGCUGACCUUGAUGAAGCGGAAUGGGUUCAAUCUCAGUACGACCAGCUGAAUCUGAUUGAAGUAAAGCGUUUAACGGCUAUUUGCCAUGGUCAGUUGUACCAAAGAUGCCUCAAACGAGCUUUUGAUAAGAAAGUUAUUCCUCGUGAGUAUUACUCUAGAUAA